GGCUAACGCUAUUAACGAGUAAACGGAUAUUUUUGUGUGUUUUUAAUUAAAAUUAAAUAGUGAAAAUGCAUAAUAUAAGAUUAUUAUGGGCUGCUAAUAUUGAAACAACAUUGCAAAGACGUCAAACAAGAAUAAAUCGACGUAAAAUGGUGCAAAUUGUGGAGAUGGAGGAAUUGGAGUUUAUUCAUCGUUUUAGGUUAGAUAAACAAAGUUUUUGGCGUCUUUGUGAUGAUCUUCGGUGUUUAACCUCAUUGAAAGGUACACAGGAAAUUAGUUUAGAAAUCAAGGUUUUGUGUACUCUUCGUUUUUUGGCUACGGGUUCAUAUCAACGCAUUGUUGGACUAACGCAGCAUUUGGUUCAAAGAACAGCUAGUAGGUGUAUUCGUCAAGUUGUUGAAGCAUUGAGCCAUCCGGCCAUUAUAAAUAAAUGGAUUCUGUUUCCGAGGUCGCAACAACAACGAGCCCAAAUAAGACUUGAGUUUCAGAGGCGGUUUAGACUUCUGGGUAUAGUUGGAUGCAUAGACUGUACCCAUGUGGCAAUAGUCAAGCCAUCAGAUGAUGAACACCUAUUUUUUAAUCGGAAAGGGUAUCAUUCAUUGAAUGUACAAAUGGUAUGUGACAGUAAUUUAAAAAUUACUAAUGUAAAUCCAAAGUUUGGCCGAGCUACCCAUGACUCUUUCAUAUGGGCAUCUAGCAGAAUGGAAACAUUUAUGAGAGAAUUGCACCAAAAUGGAGAACAAGUGUGGUUAUUAGGUGAUUCUGGAUAUCCUCAGCGGCCAUGGCUGAUGACUCCUAUAUUAAAUGCUAUUCCUGGCUCUGUUGAAGAUACAAUAUAUACUCAGCGACAUGUACAAGCAAGGAAUUGUAUAGAACGCUGUUUUGGAUUGCUCAAGUCACGUUGGAGGUGUUUAUUAAGACACAGGACCUUGCAUUAUCAUCCUGUGGUUGCUGGGAAAAUUGUACUUGCCUGUUGUGUGUUACACAAUAUGGCUUUAGAGGCCAAUUUACCUCCUCCAUCUAUUAUGGAAGUAGAAGAAGAUGAUGCUCAACCUGAGAAUGCAUUUGAUAGUGUUGGUGCUGCUAGUAGUCAAAGUGAGCUACUCCAAGGAAGGGCAGUACUGAAUAAUCUUUUAUCCAGACUUUAAUUCAUGAGUAUAAUUUUAAGUAGUUGUAAUAGUUAAAGUAUUACUUAGUGUGUAAUGGUCUAGGUGUAAGUGAUUUGUGAAAGUAAUAAUAUAACAAAACCUCAUUUCCAAGUUGAAGGUAUAACAUGGUUCCUAUUUUCUGUCAAAUAUGUUUCAUUAAUAUUUAAUAUUAAUAUACACUAUGCAUAUUUUAUUGUUCAAUUAAUUUUAUAUUAGUAAGUAGUAGUUAUAAUUUUGUUUAUGUAGUUUUAAUCUUAUUCUUUUGUAACAUAUUUUAUACAUUAAGGAAUGCAACAAGUGAAUAUGAAUAAAUAUCAUAUUUAAUUACAUUAGGCAUAGAAUACAUAGUAUAAGGGCUGAUUUUUCAAUAGCCAGAUAUCUAUACAAAAGCUGUCAAACCGCAACAUUUAUUCCCCAGGUAAAAAUUAUCUGACCAUUGAGAAUGAAGGGCAGAACAUA